CUCAUUAUCAUUAUUUUAAUGCACUCUCUGCUCUUUAGUUUAUGGGUUUCCGUAGAGGUGUCAGAGACAAGAGGCUGCAGUAUCAUCAGAGGUGCAGUCAUAAUAUAAACAGCAGCAAGAGAGAGAAACUUUCUAGAGAGAGAAGCUGAGUAAUGUGUAGUGUCAGCAUUAUAAUCAGAACCAUUAGUUUUAUCCAUGUACAGAAGAUUCUGCAGACCACUGGUCCCUGAAAUAAAUAUACCUACUCUACUUCCUCUUCUUCUUCAACCUUCUCCACUUCUCUCUCUACCCUUGUUUCUCUCUCUAGAGUCUUGAUUUGAAGAGUACCCUUUUGAAAAUCUUGUUUUUGGGUAUUAGAUUAUGAUGAGCGGAGCUAGUAGGUUUCCGUUUACUGCUUCUCAAUGGCAGGAGCUUGAACAUCAAGCUUUAAUCUAUAAAUAUAUGGUUUCAGGCAUUCCUAUACCGUCCGAUCUUCUGUUUACUAUCAAACGAAGCUGUUUGGUGGAUUCUUCGUUGUCUUCCAAGCUGUUUCCUCGUCAAACUCCGCACAUUGGGUGGAACUGUUUUCAGAUGGGGCUGGGGAGGAAAAUAGACCCGGAGCCGGGGCGGUGUCGAAGAACGGACGGGAAGAAAUGGAGAUGCUCGAAAGAAGCGUACCCGGACUCGAAAUACUGUGAACGACACAUGCAUAGAGGCAAAAACCGUUCAAGAAAGCCUGUGGAAGCUGCAAAUCAAACGGCAACGAUAGACCCAAUUAUACCAGCAACAGUCUCAUCAAUGGCUAAAAAUCAUUCUGCUGGUGCUGGUUUACUAACCCCACCAUCUCACUCUCUUUCUUUAUUGUCAUCUGAUCAGUCCCACCAUCAAAAUCAGCUGCAUUAUUCUGCUUAUAAUAGUAGUCAUACUGCCCAUCUUAACCACCAUUUCUUGUCCUCUUCAAGAGAAAACUCUACUCCUUUGCUUUUUGACUCUGCUGGCUCUUGUUCCUUGACUAAUUCAGAUUACAGGAAUGCUUAUGGGCUGAAAGAAGAAGUUGAUGAACAUGCUUUUUUCUCAGAAUCUUCUGGUUCAGUCAGAAGUUUAAAUGAUCCAUGGCAAUUUACUCCACUAACAAUGAGCUCGUCCUCAUCUUCCUCUUCUUCAAAUCAGAGAAGCUUUUUAAACAAUGAGUACUCUUAUUUACAGCUUCAUAGCUUAAAUGAUCAAGAAAUUGCACCAAAACAUGAAAAACAGUAUAACCAUCAUCAGCAAAGUUAUUUUCUUGGAAUGAAAAAUGAGAGAGAACAACAUGGUGAGCCUCAAAAAACUGUUCAUCGAUUCUUUGAUGAGUUGCCUCACAAGAACAAAGAUUCAUGGCUUGAUUUAGAUGACAAAACUAGUACUUCUUCAACUACUAGGCUCUCAAUUUCCAUCCCCUCUUCUUCACAUGAAUUUCCCAUCUUCAAUUCAAGAACCCAUAAUGAUGGUUGAGUUUCAGGUGAGGAUUUUUGUAUGGAAGGCCAAGAAUGUACUAACUUGGUGGGUCAGCUGCUUUUUUUGUUUUUUGUUUUGGUUCUUGGUUAGGUUUAACUUGUAAGCACUGCUGAUUUUGUUUUUUUGGUUGUUUCUAAACAAAAUGUGGUUGGGGGAUUUUGAAUUAUGUGAAUGAUUAAUGAAGUAUCCAAUGUCAUUCUAA